CUGAGCCCGGCGCUGUGCUGCUCCGUGCUGCUGCCUGCAGCCGAUGCUGAGAUGGGGAAACUGCAGAGUAAGAUCAGUUUGCACACAGCCACGUACAGGGCUGACGGCUCCAUGGGGAGGCCAGGAUGCAGUGGGGCAGUGGAGCUGCACAGCCCUGUGCACAGCGAUGCCGUCACCUGCGUGGCUGCUGUCCGACCAGAGCUGUGUGUGUCGGGAGGAAAGGACAAGAGUGUGGCUGUCUGUAACUGGAGGUCUGGAGCUGUGCUGGGGCGCUUCGUCAGCCACGAGCACGAGGUCACCAAGGUCACCUGCACCCACGAUUCCAGCAGAGUCUUCAGCGCCUCCCGGGACAGAACAGUGAUGAUGUGGGAGCUCCGUGGGACCUCGGGGCCAAGGCAGCGCUUCCCAGGGCAUGACCUGGUUGUUACUGGUCUGGCUGUGAGCCCAGAUGCAUCUCAGCUGUGCACAGGUUCACGAGACAACACCAUUCGCAAAUGGGACGUGGAGACUGGACAGUGUCUGUGCAGAGCUGCUCUCUCCAGGAACCUGGUAACACAUCUGUGCUGGGUCCCUGGGGAGCCCUAUGUCAUCCAGACGUCAGAGGAUAAAACCAUCAGGAUGUGGGACAGCCGGGAGCUGCAGGUGGCUCACACGUUCCCAGGCAAGAGGCACAUCCAGACGAGCUGCGAUGUGAGCCAGGACGGGCGGUACUGCGUCAGCAGCAGCAGCGGCUUCGCUGGGGAGGGCUGCGAAGCAACACUGUGGGACCUACGGCAGACCAGGAGCAGAGUGUGUGAGUACAGAGGGCAUCUGCAAACCAUGGCCUCAUGUGUCUUCCUCCCACGAGAUCCUGCUCUCACCCCCUGCAUUGCCACGUCCUCACACGACAGCAAAGUGAAGGUCUGGGACCGGGACACUGGAGCCUGCCUGGCCACCACAUGUCUUGAGGGAGCCGGACCGCUGUCCUCGCUGGCUGCCUGUGAUGGCUCCACGCUGCUCUGUGCCAGCUUCCACUCAGGGAUCCACGUGCUGCAGCUGAGACACCUCGAGGAGCUGGAGCUGGAGGAGGUGGCAACACUUUGACCGUAGGAUCCUUCCCAGCAGACUGCCCAUGGGGAUCUGAUCCCCAAAGUCCACUGACAGCAGGCAAUGGGUGACCUCGUGCCUGCAGGGCAGUGAUGCAGAUGAUGGUGCACAGGGGGCGCUCACUAUUUGCUUGUGGGUGGUGGGAAGCAGUUAGAGCUGGCUAGAAGAGAAGCUGAACCAGUGAUGCACUCAGGCCAAAUUCUCACUCCGGAAAGAGUACUGUGGGCUUGAGUCAUAAAACCCCCACAAAACCUGGCUACAAAGGGGUUUAAUUGCUGUGUUCUCUUGUGUAAGCCUAAAUAUCCAGCUAUGUGUGCUCAAGUUCAA